GCGGCUUCCAACGCCAAUCGUCUUUGAGCAAGAUCGGCAGAAUCCUCCAGAUGCCAAUGAGUUUUACAAUUCGUAGAACGGGGGCCUGAUCUACUGGAUACCACCCUCUUUGAAUCUGCCAAAUCCCACCUCUCCAUCAUUCUUCUGCAAGAUCCAAGUCUCAACACCACCUGUCUUCUCAACACAUUCAUCAGCAGGGCAAGGAUGGCCACGGCUAUCAGCGCGGCAGUGUGGGCACUGGGCAAGGCGCUGGCUCCCGUUACUGAUGACCUGCUCAAGAACUGGGCAGCCAGUGACAGUCUUGGCCCCAACAUCAGCGCCCUCAAGACGGAACUGCUGCGCGCGCAGGGGAUACUAUACACCGCGCAUGACAGGGUCAUCGCCAACCCUGCGCUCAAGGAGCUGCUGCACAUGCUGCGGCAGCUGGCGGACAAGGCAGAAGAUGUGCUUGAUGAACUGGACUACUUCCGCAUCCAGGAUCAGCUCGACAGCACCUACCAUGCAGCCGAUAAGCAUUCAGGGGGCUGCAUGUGUGGCCUCGCUCUCAAUGCGCGGCACACUGCCCGAGCCAUUUCCAGUAAACUCAACUUCUCCUCAGCUGGCAUCUUGCGCACACCAAAACUUAAGUUCGAUCGUGUGGAGAUGUCUAAACAGAUGGCAGACAUUGUAGAGAAGCUGGAUCCCAUAUGUGCUAAGGUGAAGGAAAUCCUUGAUCUAGAGCUCCGCAAACCUACUGCCCGAUGCAAGAGACCCAAAACAACCCCAGCAAUAAUAGAGCCAGAGAUAUUUGGGAGGAAUGUUGAGAAAAAGAACAUUGUGGAUGGCAUUACCCAUGGAAAAUAUUGUGCCGAUGGACUUACCGUGCUUCGAAUUGUUGGCCCAGGGGGUAUUGGGAAGACGACUUUCACACAAUACAUAUAUGAAGAAGUGAAGAGCUUGUUUGAUGUUAUGAUUUGGAUCUGUGUAUCUCUCAAUUUCGAUGCAAACAGGUUGGCACAAGAGAUUCUGAGACAGACCCCUAAAGUAACCGGUGAAAAGGAAAACACCAUUGAGGAAGAGCUUAUCGAAGAAAGAUUAAAACAUAAGAGAUUCUUGCUGGUCUUGGAUGAUGUGUGGACAUAUGAGGAAGAUGAGUGGAAGAAACUGUUAGCCCCCUUCAGAAAAGGAGAGGCAAGAGGUAAUAUGGUUAUUGUCACGACUCGAAUCCCAGAGGCAGCAACAGUUGGAAAAAUAGUUGAUUAUUCAGUAGAACUGAACCGCUUAGGAACUGAAGAUUUUAUGCACUUAUUUGAAGCAUACGUAUUUGGUCACCAACAGCCAUGGAAAGACCAUCCUGGAUUACUUGAUGUUGGGAAACAAAUAGUGGGCAAACUGAAGGGUUUCCCUCUAGCAGCAAAAACUGUAGGUAGACUACUAAGAAAUCAGCUUACAUUGGAUAAUUGGACAAGAGUUCUAGAAAGCAAAGAAUGGGAGUUACAAACCAGCGAGCAUGACAUUAUGCCAGCUCUAAAGCUUAGCUAUGAUUAUCUUCCUUUCCACCUACAGCAGUGUUUUUUCUAUGGUGCUUUGUUUCCUGAAGACUACGAGUUUGGUAGCAACGAGUUGGUUCACUUAUGGACAGGGCUGGACAUUUUAGACUCUUCUGAUCAGAGGAAAAGACUUGAAGAUGUUGGACUGUGCUAUUUAAAUGACUUGGUUAAUCGUGGAUUCUUUAAGAAGAAUGUAAAAGUAGAUGGCAGUGCUCGUUAUAUUAUGCAUGACCUACUGCAUGAGUUGGCAGUGAAGGUUUCAUCGUCAGAGUGUCUUAGCAUAUCUAGUUCUAAUGUGCGAUAUGUACAAUCUUCCCCAUCUGUACGUCACUUGUCUAUCAUUAUAGAUGAGAGAGAUGUCAAUGAUAGAAUGGCCUUUGAAGAAUUUAAGAGGGACUUGAGUACAUUGGAAGAGAAGUUGAAAAUUCAAAACCUACAAACUGUGAUGUUAUUUGGAAAACAGCAUGGAUGCUUUGCCAAGACUUUUGGUGAUUUGUUUGCUGAAGCAAAAUCCCUUCGUGUUAUUCUGUUAUCUGAGCCACUUUAUAGAUACAUUGUGGAGGAUGUGUUUUGCAGCUUUCCAAGACUUGUUCAUCUUCGGUACCUAAGGAUAAUACCUUUCGCAAAUGUAACUCUAACCAGCAACAUGUCAAGGUUUUAUCACCUGAAGGUUCUAGAUGUUCAAGAACACAAUGUCCCUGUUGAUUUUCCAAGAGAUGUGAGCAAACUUGCAAAGUUGAACCAUUAUCUUGUUCAUGGGCGUGGCUUUGAACGUAGAACUUCUGAUGUGGGAAAACUGGAGUUAUUACAGGACUUGAGAAGCUUUAUGGUAAAAAAGGAAAAUAUAGGUUUUGAAAUGAGACAGAUCAGUCGUUUGGCGGAGUUUGGUGUGUCACUAAGAAUUCAUAGCAUUGAGAAUGCUGAACGUCAGGAAGAAGUGAAUGAAGCAAAACUGAUACACAAAACCCACAUACAGAAGCUAAUGUUAGAAUGGGGUAUUGAUCGACCUAAUAAGGAUCCUGCAAAGGAAGAUCGUGCUCUUGAAAGUCUUCAGCCACAUUGCAAUCUUCUAGAGCUGCACAUUGGAGGACAUGGAGGUGCUACCUGCCCUUCAUGGUUAGGUUCGAACCUCUCAGUUAAAGCAUUGGAAUCUCUUUGUCUGGUUGAUGUAGCUUGGAACAAUUUUCCACCUCUAGGAGAGUUGAUGUUUGUUAGCGAGCCUGGUGAAGAGCAUCCCAGUGGUAUCCCAAGCCAGAUCUUUCAAAAUUUGAAGGAGCUAAAAUUGGUUAAGGUAUCAAGAUUGAAAAAAUGGGUCGGAAUUAGCGCUUGUCGUUUGGUCUCUCUCCUAGAAGUGCUCAUUGUUAAAGAAUGCUCUGAACUGGUCGAGCUUCCAUUUUCAGGUUGUGAAUCAGUGCAAGAAGCAUACGUGACCUGUUUCCCUAGAUUACAGAAGCUCAAGAUUAUGGACUGCCCAAAGCUGUUGGCAAUGCCUCCUGUUCCUUGGACUUCUGCUCCGUGCUCUGUUAAGAUUGCACGGGUAGGAUCAGGUUUUGAGGAGCUAAUUUACUCAAAGAAUUGCAUAUCACAAUCGAGUUUGAAAGUUGUUGGGAAGGAGGGUGGUCAUGAUAUUACGUUCUGGAAUAUGUUGGCAUUCUCUAAUCUAGCUGAUCUAUUAGAGCUGGAAAUGCGAAAUUGCCCUCCUCUGCCACUGGAUCACCUCCAAAAGCUAACGCCUAUGAAGCGUCUCAAAAUAGCUGAUUCCAAUAAUUUCUUGUCACCGACGGAUGUUGAGAGUCCUGCCAUAUACCAGUUACGAAUUGAUACCCUGGAGAUUUGGGACUGUAGUGCUAGUGAGAAGGAACUGUCAAAGCUGCUCUCCUAUCUCCCAUAUCUGAGCAAGUUACAAAUAUUGUGUUGUGAGAAGAUAAAAAUGGUUGGUGUGGUGGAGCAGCAGAAAACAGCUCAUAACAUGGGCUUUGGACGAACUGGACCGCAGCAGCAAGAGACAAGAGGGGAGGAGGAGAUAGCAACAGUAGCAGCAGGAGGAGAAGCACUUGUGCUCUUGCCUCCCCAGCUGCAGGAAUUGCGUAUCCACAAUUGCCCACAGUUGACCCUACUCUCCAGUUCGCUCAACGACGGCGGACAAGGAGGAGGAGGGCUCCAAGGCCUCCGCUCCCUCCGCAAGUUGUUUAUAAUUGGUUGCCCCAAGUUCCUCUCCUCUUAUUCGUUCUCUCGUUUUCCUGUCCCCACCUCUCUACAAAUCCUAUAUCUGAAGCACAUCGAGGGCAUUGUGAUGCUGGAGCCCCUCUCAGAUCUCACAUCUCUCACGGAUUUGCACAUAUAUAACUGUGGGGAUUUAAGAGGCGAGGGUAUGUGGGCUCUUGCACAGUGCCGUCUCGCAGUUUUACACAUCGGGAAAACCCCCAAAUUCUUUGCCAGUUCUGAGCCCCAAAAUUUUCCCCGUUCCUGCAAAAUUGAGGAGAUAACCACAUAUGACCACAAAGGUUUCCUUGCUGCGCCCAUCUGCAGCCUCCUAACCUCCUCCCUCACCAAAUUAUACUUGAAUGCAGAUAAAAAUGAUGAGGUGGAGCGCUUCAGUAAGGAGCAAGAGGAUGCUCUUCAGCUCCUCUCCUCCCUCCAGGAGCUCACGUUUCGAUACUUCCUCAAGCUGCAGUCCCUCCCAGCGGGGCUACACAGAAUUUCCAGCCUCAAGACAUUACGGAUUGAAUUCUGUCAGGCCUUCCGGUCGCUGCCCAAAGACAGCCUUCCAUGUUCUCUACAAUAUUUACAGAUUUGGAAGUGUCCUGCCCUGAAAUCGCUCCCCAAGGACGGCCUCCCAAGUUCUCUACAAGAUUUACUGAUUGAGGAAUGUCCUGCCCUGAAAUCAUUGCCCAAGGACGGACUCCCAAGUUCUCUGCAACGUUUGCGGAUUUCGUACUGUCCUGCCCUGAAAUCGCUGCCCGAGGACAGCCUCCCAAGUUCACUGCGAAAGUUAGAUAUCCAGUCUGGCAACAGCGAGGAGCUAAUGUGGCAGUGCCGCAAGCUAAAAGGAACCAUUCCUAUAAUCGAAGACUAAUCCAAGGGUUUUUCUUCGGUUUGUAUAUUUCGCUCGACUCAUGCUACAAAUCAUCCCUGCAUCCAAGUGCAGUUUGAGUUUGCAGUGCAACCAUGAAGACCACAGUUUGUAUCUUCCAUCGUGUACAUAAUUUUGGAACAUGCACUGACGUUGUUCUCUGGUGGUAUAUAUGUUGUCAAGUCUAUUUUGCUGGAGGCCACUUUUUGCUUUCAUAUAUGAAGUAUUCCUCAUGAAUCAAACUCUCCCAAAUAUUUCUCUAUUGAUGGAAGAUUUCUUACCAAGUUUCUACCAUUUGAUAGUAGAUGCAAAUUCGUCCCAAUUGCACUAAUGCGCUUCAGCUGAGGUGUUGUAUGCAUACCUUUAUGCUCGCAUGCUGCUUGGUGUAAAUUUGGCUAUUGAAUUACGUGCAACAUCUCCUCGGAAGAUCAAGGUUAUUUUAGACCAAAUCGAUUCUGUAAAUUAAUCGAUACUGUCGUCUCAGUUUCCAUAUUGCCAAUUGAAACCAUCCAAAGAACCCAGCGGACAGCGCAAAACUUAGAUAUGCAUGGGCGGCUGUUGGGUGGUUCUUGCCAACACCAUAGUGUCAGGACCGGGUGCUUCAGUGGUCGGACGCUUGUAACUAACACUGCCCGGCUCCAUCAACAAGAGCUAGCAUCGGCCUCAACGGUGACAAUGGCUGUCUGGCUGGAGUACCUCCUCCUUUGCGUCGGCUCCAGCUCCGUCGCUGGGUCUCCUCUGCAACCCCAACUCGUGUACCAUGCAACGGCCCUGUGUGACGGUCAAUCGAUCAAGCGUUCGUCGCUAAUGCAGGUGCUAACAAAUGGGUGUUUCAGGAGCGUCAAGCGCCGGGUGAUGGUGCUGAGGACUGAACCGUGUCAUUUUCUUCCAACUGCACACGCGUGUUAGUGAUGAGCCUGGAAGUACAAACGUCAGUCUGAUAUCUAUGCAACUGUUAAUCUGAUGACUUCCCAUUUUCUUCUGUGAGAUCAACAUGGUUCCUCAACAACUAGGAAUAUAUGCCAGAAUCUAUGUAACGACUGUUGUUAAACAAAUUAUAAAUCAUCCAUAAGCUAGACAGAUAUAAGUACCCAUAUCCUGUUAAAAUGCAUGGAGCAAACAAUAGGAUUUUGCUUGAUGAUUAGAGAGUGACAAAAAGCACCAGUUGCCAGACCA